AAUAGAAAUAAUUUUAAUCAGUGACUUAUUGAUUAAUUAAUUAAUUAUAUUUUUUUAUUUUUCAAGGAAUAGAAAAAAAUAAAAAUGCAAUUAUUUAUUCACGGACAGGAGACACUCGUCCUUGAGUGCCAGGACAAUGAGACGAUUGCAAAUCUUAAGGCUAAGAUUUUGGAAGCUGGUAAAUUUGAAUCAGCUGAAUUUACAUUGCACUGCAAUGGCAGUCUACUGACUGAAGAAACCAUAAUCAGCGAUUUACCAUCAAAGGAUUUGGACUUCAAUGUUCCACUUCUCGGAGGUAAAGUUCACGGUUCAUUGGCUCGUGCUGGUAAAGUAAAGGGACAAACACCAAAGGUUGAGAAACAAGAAAAAUCGAAGAAGAAAACUGGACGUGCUAAGAGACGUAUUCAAUACAACCGUCGCUUCGUGACUGUUGUACCAACUUUCGGACGUCGUCGUGGACCAAAUGCCAACCCCAACACAUAAAUAUAAUUAUUAUUAUUAAAAUUGGCUUAACAAUUAUAAUUUUUUUUGCUAAGCUAUGAAAAUAAAAUAAACAUUUUAAAAAAA